UUAAGUCAUGUUUGAAGUCUAAAAAGAUCCUCUCUCUUUGAAAGUUUCUACAGUGUCUGACAUGAUUAACACAGGAAAUAGAAAUCCUUGAUCGUGCUCUGCAUAUAUUAUUGAAGAAAUAAGUAUAAAAGUGUAUCAAGCUCUGGUCAGAGUCAUCGUAGGCGUUACGUUUGUAAAGGGACAUUUUUCCUCGCAGACCUCUAACCGACGUAGCUUGUCAUGUCGAACUUGAGUAGCGAAGAUGAUAGGAACGCACUGUUCUCAGAAAUAUUUCCAUCACCAAGGCCACUAAAAUUAGCAGCCAUCAGUAUAGCUCUAAAUGCUUUUUCUUCUAUUACAGCAUGCAUCGGUAAUGUUUUAAUCCUCGUUGCUCUCUACAAGGUGACUUCAAUUUCACCUCCCACAAAAAUUUUGUUUGUUUCUCUGGCAGUUACGGAUCUUCUCACAGGUCUAAUUUUGCAGCCACUUCUCGUUGUGCAUGCGAUAAUAACGUCGGUGAUCAUCAGCACUAACCUUUCAUACUUCAGCGAACAAGUGAACAGUGUUUUAGGUUUUAUUUUGACUACACUAUCCAUUUUAACAUCGACAGCAAUAAGCGUGGACAGACUACUCGCGCUGGUGUUGGGGCUGGUAUACAGAAACGUUGUUACAUUAAGGCGGGUUCGAGUAAUUGUGAUUUGCAUUUGGUUACUGAGCUGUAUGUUGGGCGGAUGGAGGUGCACUACAGUUGCUGCGGAUCUUGCUAAGCUUGUAUUCCUUGUUGUUGUGGGGCUGUGUUUCAUAACAUCCAUCGCUUCCUACAUCAAGAUCUAUUCCCUCCUCUAUCGACAUCGACGGCAGGUACAUGGACACUUUAAACGAGCUCAGCAGCAAAGCAACCGAACAGCUCAGUUAAAUGAGGCUAGAUUUAAGAAGACUGUUUCUAGCAUAGCAUGGAUUCAGUUUACAUUAAUUCUCUUAUUUAUCCCCUGCAUUGUCGUAGCUAUCCUUUGGAUAAACAAGAUAAUUCCUUCAGGUAUUCCUGGGGCGAUCCUUUUUCGUGUCUCAUUUUCAGUUUUUUAUCUGAAUUCAUCCCUGAAUCCCAUUUUAUACGUUUGGAAGAUCAGAGAAGUGAAAAAUAUUGUGAAGGCCGACUUAAUGAAAUUGAAGUGUUGCUGAAAAUCAAACUAUCCUUCUAUUAAGCUCUCUGGUGUGGAAUUCAUGUCCUAGUAAGUUUUCCAAAUAAUCAUUCAUUUAUUUUUAAUUUUCAAUCAACUUCUCGAAAAUGUGUUUGACUUGAUGGGAAGCUGAGAGCAACACCAGCUUCUUAAUUGCUUAAUACAUCUAGAGAACAAAUGUAACCGGUAACGAAUGGUGAAUUUUUUCACAAAGGCACAGUUGCGUUUACCGAUCACUUAUUACCAUUGUUAUAAGUGAUUAUUUGUAUUUCUUGUACAAAGUAAUGAAUUUUAUUAUCAAUGCAUAACUGCUUUAUGUUUCUAGUUGAUAUUUUAUUUAUUUACAAGGGAAAAUGAGCUGUUUCUGUAGAACGCAUAAAUCGUAAA